AUGGCGCGCAAGUUCUUCAAUGGAACGGUGAAGAGCGUGAAGGCUCUGGUCGAGAGCCUGAACAGCUUCAAGGUGCCCGGCCCCGAGGUCGUGGAUGUCGUGGUGGCACCCACCUUCCUGCACAUCCCCGCCGUCGUGGAUGCCCUCCGCCCCGAGUUCAAGGUGGCUGCCCAGAACUCCUGGGUCAAGGGCAAUGGCGCCUACACCGGCGAGAUCACGGCCGACCAGAUCGCCGACCUGGGGCUGGAGUGGGUCAUCCUGGGGCACUCCGAGCGCCGGCACAUCGUGAAGGAGUCGGACGAGCUCACCGCCGACAAGGUGGCCUAUGCGCUGUCCAAGGGCCUCUCCGUCAUCUUCUGCAUCGGCGAGAAGCUGGAGGAGCGCGAGGCCAACCAGACGCAGGAGGUGAACGCCCGGCAGCUGCAGGCCCUGGCCGACAAGAUCUCCGACUGGAGCAAGAUUGUGGUGGCCUACGAGCCGGUGUGGGCCAUCGGCACGGGCAAGGUGGCCUCCCCCGAGCAGGCGCAGCAGGCUCACGCCGAGAUUCGCGCCUGGCUGGCCGAGAAGGUGGGCAAGGACGCGGCGGAGGCCACGCGCAUCAUCUACGGCGGCUCCGUCACCGCCAGCAACUCCAAGGACCUGGCGGGCGCGGCCGACAUUGACGGCUUCCUGGUGGGUGGAGCGUCCCUGAAGCCCGAGUUCGAGGACAUCAUCAAGGCGGCUGCCAAGUGA